AUGGCUGCUACUGCGAAUGGUGCAGUUGUCAAAUUUAUGGGUGAUGUCAAGGAGAUUCGUUCGAAAGGCUUCGUCAAGAAAUCGAGCUCAAUCGCUUCUUUGUUGCCGUUCAUCGACCAAUUUGGACUUCUGCGUGUUGGCGGUCGGCUAGCCAAUUCAACUCUUCCCUACGAUGCUCGCCAUCCUAUUAUAUUACCUCGACGCCAUCCCAUUACGUUGGCACUUAUCGCUCACCAUCACAAAAAGAAUCUUCACGUUGGAGCUAGAGCAUUAUUAGCAAAGAUUCGGUUACAAUAUUGGCCGAUUGGCGGACUGCGAACUGUGUCGAAGGUUGUUCGCAAUUGCAUCGAAUGCUUCCGGGCCAAGCCCACUGUGCUCGAACCAAUUAUGGCUAGCCAUCCGAAGGAACGCUUUCUGAAUUCUCGUGCCUUUGCAAUAAGCGGAGUGGACUACUGCGGGCCGUUUUACUAUAAAUCUGAAGUUCGGAACAGACUCCCAAUCAAAUGCUACAUCAGCGUAUUCAUCUGCUUUGCUAGCAAGGCUAUUCAUCUGGAGUUGGUGAAGGAUUUGACAACUGCCGCCUUUCUGGGAGCGCUAAAAAGAUUCGUGUCACUUCGUGAGAGGCCUAAUCAGAUUUGGUCCGAUAAUGCGACUAACUUUGUCGGGGCCAAAAAUGAACUUCAUGAUGUCAAGAAACUUCUCCUCAGCGAUCCUCAUUAG